UGUUAUGAUUUGCUUCCUGAAAGGAGAGAUAUGGAUGAAACAAUCACACUUGUGGCUCAAAUUGACUACUCUAUAUAAGACUAUGUUCUUCUAAAUGAAAACUCCAAGACCUAGCUUUUAGUGAAACAUGUGAGUUUACAACACCUAUCGGACCUCCAAAUUCCCUCAAACGGGUCAAACUCCAUGUCCUAACUUCCAUUCUUCCAAACCCAAAUCCGACUCCGCCUCCAAACCCGAACCCAAACCCGAAUGUUAGUUGCUUUGUUGGUAACUUUGUCAUCCAAAUUACGCCACCCCACCACAAAUUUUUCACUUUUUAUAAAUCCAAGUGUCAAAGCAAACUCUUCCUCUCUUUUAUUUUCUCUCUCUUACAAUUUACAAACUUCCUUUCUUCCCUUCUUCUCAAGUUUUGUUAAACGGAUCCGGGUCAAAUAACCCGAAAUGGUAUCCGACUCGGAGCUAGUCGACCGACUCCGCGAAAUCUUACGGACGUCGGACCUUAACACCACCACUCCCGCCGCCGUCCGCCGCCAGCUUCAAACCGACUUCGGCGAAGAUUUGACUGAUCGCAAAAAGUUCAUUUCUCAACAAAUUGAUCAAAUUCUUCAUGAAGGUCACGUCAAUGGCGCCGACGAAGACGAAAAUGUGAGUCCGCCGCCGGAAGCCGGCGGUGAUGACGGCGGCGGCGGUGAAGAAGACGGCGAAGAAGCGGCGGAGGAAGACGGAGCGGAAGCGGAAGAAGCCGAAGCCGAAGACGAGGAAGAGGAGGAGGAAGAUGAUGAAGAGGAAGAAAAGAGGUCCAAGGAUGAGGAGGCAAAGAAGAAAAGAAAAGGAACCGGGUUUACCAGAUUAUGUAGUCUUUCUCCCCAACUUCAAGAGUUUGUUGGUGAACCUGAGAUGGCUCGAACUGAGGUAGUUAAGAAACUCUGGGCAUAUAUUAAAGAGAAGGACUUGCAAGAUCCUAGUAACAGGCGUAACAUAAAAUGUGACAAGAUGUUGCAUUCGAUUUUUCGUGUAGAUACCAUCAAUAUGUUCCAGAUGAAUAAAGCUCUCUCCAAGCAUAUAUGGCCGCUUGAGUCAGAGGAAGAUCAUCCAAUUGAUAGGCGGCCUCCAGUAAAGAAGCAAAGACGUCAGAAAGACCCAAAAGCUAAACAAAAAAAGGGAGGUACUACUGGUUUUCUUAUACCCCUACAACUUUCUGAGGCUUUUGUGAAGUUCCUUGGUACUGGUGAAACUACUCUAAGUAGGUCAGACGCUGUCAAGAGGAUUUGGAACUAUAUAAAGCAGAAUCAGCUCCAGGACCCUUCUGAUAAGAGGAGAAUUUUGUGUGAUGAAAAGCUAAAGGAACUAUUUGACGUGGAUUUUUUCAACGGCUUUUCAGUCUCAAAGUAUCUAACUGCUCAUUUGACUAAAGUAGAGCAAUGAGCAGAGUGCUAGUGUUGGAACUUGGAAGUAGUUCACCCUGCAAUAUAGGUGAGCAAUUUUUGUGGAAGUGCAGCAUACCGUGUAUACAAUUUGAAAAGCAGUAGUGGGAUGCAGGUUCGGUAGGAUAGUUAACAGUUUGUAUUUUUCCUUUUCUGACCCGCUUGACCUUCAUGGAUGUAAUUAGCCUUUUUUUUAGUUUAAUACAAGUGCCUUUGUACCUGUUAGCUUCUUUGUAAUGAAGCUGAACUGUGACUCCCUUUUGCA